CUCUGUUAUGUGGUUCGUAUGUACAUACGUGAUACUUACAAUACCUACCUACCUUACCUAGCGAACCCCGCCAAACAGGAUCGCGAUUGGAAAUUUACGGCUUGUUGCGAUCACUGACAUCGGGACCCGGCGCGACUUGUGAGCGGAAGCAGGCCAACAUUGAAUCGGUAUCUCGAUUUCACGCGCGUUUUCAUGCGCUCAACUGCGCGAUCUACUCGGAACUACUAUUCAACGCGGUAAUACGCUUCUAUCUCCGAGAGCCGGACGCGACGAGAACCAAGGGCAAUCAGAUCCGCGCGACGGAGCAGCCGUAACCAUGGGCAAGCUCAUCCGUCUUGAGCUAUUCAAUUUCAAAUCCUACAAGGGUCACCAUACCCUGCUGUUUGGGGACUCCUAUUUCACAUCCAUCAUCGGCCCAAAUGGCUCCGGAAAAUCGAAUUCCAUGGACGCCAUCUCCUUCGUCCUGGGUAUCAAGUCGUCCCACCUCCGAUCGUCCCACCUCCGCGACCUAGUCUACCGCGGCCGGGUAAUGAAGACGUCCAAGAUACAAGACGACGGGACCGCUGCGCCUGCGGCGAACGGGAAUAUCAACGGCCACGAGAAUGGCGACGACGAAGAUGCGUCACAACGGGCCUCCCGGAACGAUCCGAAGACGGCAUGGGUCAUGGCAGUCUACGAGGACGAUGCGGGCGACGAGCAGCGGUGGAAACGGAGCAUUACGAGCAACGGCACAAGCGAAUACCGCAUCAACGAUCGUGUGGUUACUGCCCAACAAUACAACGAAGCGCUCGAGGAGGAGAACAUCUUGAUCAAGGCCCGGAACUUCCUCGUCUUUCAAGGAGACGUCGAGGCCAUUGCCUCCCAGUCGCCACAGGACCUGACCCGCCUGAUUGAGCAAAUUUCGGGGAGUCUGGAGUACAAGGCCGAGUACGAGAGGCUCCAGGCAGAGGCAGAGCAGGCAGCAGAGAACCAAAACUUCCAGCUCCACCGGAGGCGAGGCAUCAACUCGGAAAUCAAGCAGUACCAGGAGCAAAAGAAGGAGGCCGAGAACUUCCAAAGGAAGACCGAGGAGCGGGACGAGGCCGUCGUCACGCAUAUCUUGUGGAAGCUGUACCAUUUCCAGCGGGUCAUGGACGAGUCCAGCGCCCAGAUCCAGGAGCACCACGAGAACCUAAAGGAGUUCCGCCGUAAUGUGGAGACCUUCGAGAAGAAGCUCGAGGCUGCUCGCAAGGAGCAAGCCACUGUGACUCGCGAAGUCAGCAAGAUUGAAAAGAGCAUUAAGAGCAAGGAGAAGAGCAUCGAAGAGAGAGACAACAGCCUCGUCCCAAUUGAUGAGAAGAUCACGCAGAGCUCACAGGAUAUGGCGACCCUUCGAAAGCGCAUCACGGAUGUCAAAAAGGACCGUGAUGAGAAGACGGCCAAUAUCCAAAAACUCAAAAAAGAUCUCGCGACGGUUGAGAAAGCACACCAGCAGUUUGAGAAGCAAUGGGCCGAGACGCUGAAGAAGCAGGGCAAAGAGCUGAGCGACGCAGACCGCAAAGAGUACACCACCCUGCAGGCCGAGGCCAUGAGGAAGACGUCAAAUAACCGCGCAAAGCUGGCCAAUUUGCAGCGUCAACUGAGGGGCGACGAAGUCACAGUGAACAGCUUGAAGGGCAAAAUUGACAACUUUGAGGCGGCCGUCGAGAAACUGCAGAGCGAAGUCCAGGCGAUUAAGGACCGCCGGAAUGCCAGCCAGGACUCCGUCCGCCAAAUAACCAGUGAGAUCGAUGCCAAGAAAAAGGAGUUCAACAGCGUGCAGUCUGAGCGGAUUAGAAUCAACAACACUCAUACCGAGCUGGAGGAGAAACUCCGUGAAGCGCUGAGGAAGCUGGACGACGCCAACAUGGGCCGAAGACAGAACGAAAAGGAGGCCAAGAUGAGGAGCAUGAUCAGCGAUCUCAAGCGCAUAUACCCCGGCGUCCGCGGCCGAGUGGGCGAGCUCUGCAAGCCCAAACAAAAGAAGUUCGACGAAGCUGUAGCGACCGCCCUAGGCCGAGAACUCGAUGCGGUCGUGGUCGACACCGAGAAGACUGCCGUAGACUGUGUCCAAUACCUCAAAGACCAACGAUUUCCUCCCCUGAUUUUCAUCCCGCUCGACAACAUCAAAGUCAACACCUCGAAUCCCGCAGUCAAGGGUGUUUCCGGUGCGCGCCUGACCAUCGACACCAUCGACUUCGACUCUUCCCUGGAGCGAGCCAUUGCCUACGCCUGCGGUGGCUCCGUGGUUUGCGACAGUCUGGAUGUCGCCAAGGACAUCGUGUACAAGAAGAAAAUCCAGGUUAAGGCGGUAACUCUGCAGGGGUACGUGAUUCACAAGGCUGGCACCAUGUCUGGCGGUCGGUUACCCGAAGACAAGGGCGGGAAACGUGGCUUCGAGGAGCAUGACGUCCAGAAUCUGCAGCGACUGGUCGAGAAGUUCCGGAAUGAUAUUGCCAACCUGCCUAGGCCAGGGAGGCGAGGUUCUGCCGAAGAAUCUCUGCAGAACGAGAUUGGCGCGCUCGAACAGCGUCUCCGACUCCAGCAGAGCGAGCUGGCUGCCUUUGAAAAGAACCUCAAAAGCAAGCAGAAGGAGCUUGACCACGUGAAGCGGGAACUCAGGGACUACGAGCCCAAGUAUGCCGAAAAGGAGGAGGAGUUGCAGCGCACUCGCGCCACUGUCCAAAAGUUCGAGAAGGCCAUCUUUGACGUCGAGGAUAAGAUCUUCGCCAAUUUCUGCAAGAGACUCGGGUACGAGAACAUCCGUGCUUACGAGGCUCAGCAGGGCAGUCUUGAGCAGGAAGCGGCCCAGAAGCGGCAGGACUUUGACGUGCAGAAAAAGCGCAUCCAGAACAACCUGGCCUGGGAGACUUCGCAGCAGAACGCGGCCAAUGACCGGGUGAGCGUAAUGGAGGCGACAUUGCAGCGGCACCAGAAGGAUCUGGAAGCUUAUCAGCAGGAGAAGGAAGAUAUUGAGGAAGCAAGGGCGCGAGAUCAAAACGAGCUCGGAGCCCUUCAGGGGUCCCUGGACGAGCUAAAGGAGACGCUCGGUGAGAAGUCCAAGAAGCUCGCCGAGGCGAAACAGGAUCUGCAGAAGAAAACCAAGGAGAUUGACUCGAGGUUAAAAGAAAUCAGCAACCUGGAGGCCGCGGUGCAGAAGAACAGUGCUCAGAAGUUUGCCUUGCUCAGGAGGUGCAAGCUGGAGCAGAUCCAGCUGCCGAUAAGCAAGGGCUCGCUCGACAACAUCCCCAACGAGGAUGUGCUGCUCCGCAAAAACCAAGAUAUGAUGGAUGUCGAUGGCGAGGAGGACGAGGAGGAGGUGCUGGAGGCUGCCAUGGACGACUACGGCAUCGAGAUUGAUUUUGACGCGUUGGACGAGGAGCUCAAGAACCCUGAUGACGAUCUCGAAGAGAAGCUCCAGUCAAAGAUCAACUCCCUGACCAACGAGCUCGAAAAGCUUAACCCCAACAUGCGCGCCAUGGAGCGCCUCGAAUCCGUCAAAUCCCGCCUUGAGUCCACCGAGAAGGACUUUGAAGACUCCCGCGCCGCUCUCCGCGCCGCCCGUGAGGCCUUCACCCAAGUCAAAGAAAAGCGCUUCGAGCUCUUCAACCGCGCCUUCACGCACAUCCAGGAGCAGAUCACGCACGUAUACAAGGACCUGACGCGCUCCGACGCCUAUCCGCUCGGCGGCCAAGCCUACCUCGACAUCGAGGAAGAUACCGACACCCCUUACCUUUCGGGCAUCAAAUACCACGCCAUGCCCCCGCUGAAGCGCUUCCGCGACAUGGAGCACCUCUCGGGCGGCGAAAAGACCAUGGCCGCCCUCGCGCUGCUGUUUGCCAUCCACAGCUACCAGCCGAGUCCAUUCUUUGUGCUGGACGAGGUCGACGCGGCGCUGGACAAUGCCAACGUGGAGAAGAUCAAGAAUUAUAUUCGUGAGCACGCCGGGCCGGGCAUGCAGUUCAUCGUCAUCAGCCUCAAGCCGACGCUGUUCCAGGACAGUGAGAGCUUGGUGGGCGUGUAUCGUGAUCAGGAAGUCAACAGUUCGCGGACGCUGACGCUGGAUCUGCGGAAAUACGUGUAGCGGCGUCUCGCGGUGACGUGGUUUAUGAGGUUCAUUUGUAUUUGAGCUAGCAAGCAACUUCUUCGCGGUCGGUUUUGAGACAAGGUGAAUAGGACUGUUAGGGUCUAUUACUCUAUCCAUCUAGCAAAUAUAUGCCCCCGUACGCGUCGAGUGGUUAUGCUUCUGUCCUUGUAAAUUUAUGAUACAGC